CUUGUUGGGGUCUUUGAAUUGGAUUUAGCGUGCAAAGAAAGCGGGUAUUGCGGUUCGCGCCGCAGGAGAUUUGCGAUUCCCGAAGCGACGCCGCGAAGACCGCCAUGAAUGCACUUCUCAGUCCAGAGCUUUCUCUCGCUUCCAUCUCUUCGAUUUGCGCCGACAAAUCCCGGAAUUCGAAUCGCUCGCGCGUCCAAACGGUGUUCAAGCUUCCGCCGACGCGUCGCCACCGUCGGAUUGGAAGAACGAAAUGUCUGACGGUGAGGGCUGUGCUUGACUCGGCGAUGAUCGACCAGUUAGGGCUUUCGGAAUCGGAUAUUCGGAACCCGGCGAUGUCGUCUUCUUAUCGGAGCUCGAGCUUGCCGAAGCCGAACCAGACGGUGCUCGAUGCUCAGGCUAGGGUUUGCACCGGACCGACUCAGACCAGACCGCUCAGCGAAGAACAGGCUUUCAAGGUUCUUGACACGAUUUUGAGAUCCGCUCGGGGAGAUUUGAAGGAUGAAGAGGAAGUUUCCAAGGCACAGCUCGGUGCGUUCUUCGCCGCCAUGACGAUUCGAGCGAAUGCAUUCCCUGAAGCAACGCAAUGGAGCGAAGGGGAAACGCGAGCAAUGAACACGUUUUGGCCAUUACUGGCUCGGGCGCUUCCACCGGAUGUGAUCUUCAUAGCUGACCCCGAAGGGUCAAUAAUGGGGGUGGGAAGUUCGGUUGGGCCCCAAUUUGUCGGCAAUUGUAGCAGCGAGAUGAGAUUGGUUGGUGCUCUGAGGGAAGUAUUGGCUGGGGGUCACCUUGGCUUUGAGGAAGUCCAAGGUGUUUUGAGGGACGUUCUUCCUUUGAAAAUAGGAGAUGGGGUUGUCACUGGAGUAAGUGAAUCGUUGCUUUCUGCAUUUUUAAUAGGUCAGCGUAUGAACAGGGAAACAGACCGCGAGUUAAAAGCAUACUGCCUUGCAUUUGAUGAUGAACUUGGUCCUCCUCCUGUUGCUGAUGUUAUAUCAUUGACUCAUUAUGGAGAACCUUAUGAUGGAAAUACGCGUUUCUUUAGGAGUACAUUGUUUGUUGCUGCUGUUAGAUCCUGUUAUGGAGAAUCUUCAUUGCUUCAUGGUGUGGAAUGGAUGCCACCUAAGGGAGGAAUUACUGAAGAACAAAUGCUUAAGUUUAUGGGAGCUAAUACGAGCUUAUCUCCUUUGCAGGCCAAAGAACUCAUUGAGGAUGAAGAGGUUGGUUUUGCCCACGUAAGUCAAAGAGAAGCUCGCCCGUCUCUAUAUUCAUUGAUCAAGUUGAGGGAACAUAUUAAAAAACGCCCCCCAUUGGCUACAACAGAAAAGGUUCAGCAACUUGUGAGGGCCCGAGGAAAGGAAGCGAUUGUUGCUGGAUUUUAUCAUGAAGGCUAUGAGGAGCCACUGUUAAUGCUUAUGAAAAGAAGAGGCGUACAUGCAGGAUUGGUGGUAAAGGGUGAGGAAGGGGCCUUGUCGAUGACAACAAGAUUGCGAUCAGUAUCUCUGUCAAAAGGACUUCCUGUAAACUACUGUUCUGGAUUCCGUGCUUUGAGCACAGCAUCUUCUUCUGAAACUGAUGGGGUCUCACGACAAAGUUUUAGUCUUGAGAUUAAUGCCGUGGAUUAUGGUUUUGAGCCCAGUGAUACACCAAGAACUGAUAGAUCGGUUACGAAGAACAUAGAGUUGGGUUUAGCAGCUCUUCAUGGUCAAAAAGGACCAGCUUAUGACCGAAUCGUCUUAAAUGCGGGAAUGGUGGAUCACUUGCUGGGAUGUGAUGGUGCAGAAGACGUAUUAGUUGCCCUGGAUAGAGCCAGAGAGGCCAUCGACAGUGGCAAGGCUCUAAAAAGGCUCUUAAAUUACAUAAAGAACUCAAACAAAGUUAGAUAAAAGUAGGUGCAGGUAAUGCCUGUGUUUGAAUACUAUGUUGUUAAGUUUGGCUCAUACAAAUGAAGAACGUUAUGAUAUAGGAGCAGGGAAGGAGAAACAAUUGAAGGUUGGUACCUUUCUCUCUAUUGUUUUUGUUAUUUUUGGUCGUUUUCUUCCUCUUUGUAAUAUAAGAGUUGGUCAAGUGGUCGAGUUGAUAAAUUCUUUUAUUCCUUUGAGUCGUCACAUCACAUGGUUUUGGUUAAUGUGAUAAUAAGCAUCCAUCCCUCGUGAUAUACCCUACUG